UCCAAUAUGUCUGCGCCCAUAGCAUCACUUUUUCGUCAGAGAGUGAAAAAUCAAUAACAACCAUUAAACAGCUGCAUUAUCUGUUAUGUGAUUUAUGAGUACGUGUAUUUAUACGUAUAGGAAUGUGGCAUCAAUGUGCAUUGAAGAAAACAUUCUGACUCUUUACAUAAGACAACAGCUGGCAGACAAUGAGUGAGUUCCUAGUGCCUCUUGCGAUGGCCAUCCAUCUGAUGAUGUGCCCAUAUACCAAGGUAGAGGAGAGCUUCAACAUGCAAGCCUUGCAUGACAUCCUCCAUCACAGGCUCGACAUUUCUAAGUAUGACCAUCUGGAGUUCCCUGGUGUGGUACCUCGCAGUUUUCUGGGGCCCUUGUUUGUGGCUGCAGUUGCCUCCCCUUGGGCUCACCUUUCUCAGCUCCUCAAUGGAAACAAGCUUUUUCUGCAGUAUCUUGUUCGUGGUUGUCUCGGGUUUAUUGUGUCGGUAAGCUUCCUGACAUUCUGCAGGGCAGUUCAGACCCGGUUCGGUCCCGGUGUGAAGUUCUGGUUGAUGGCCACCACCAUCACACAGUUCCACUUCAUGUUCUACAUGUCCAGACCACUGCCUAAUGUGUUCGCUCUUGUCCUAGUCCUCCAGGCACUGUCCAGCUGGCUGAGACAACAGCACAGUCAGUUCUUGUGGUACUCCGGAGCAGCCAUUAUCAUCUUCCGUGCGGAGCUCACCAUGUUCCUCGGCCUCAUCCUGCUGGCAGACCUGGUCAUGGGGCGGAUGCCACUCCGCAGAUUCUUCACCACCGUCUUAAUCGCAGGCCCAGUGUUACUAGCUCUCACAGUAUGUGUCGACUCCGUGAUGUGGCAGCGAUGGUUGUGGCCAGAAGGGGAGGUGUUGUGGUACAACACUGUCCUCAACAAAAGUUCAGACUGGGGGACAUCACCGUUCCUGUGGUACUUCUACUCCGCCCUGCCACGUGCACUCUCCUUCAGUAUCUUCCUCAUCCUCGGACUAUACUUCACACGGCAGGUGUGGACGCUACUCUGGCCGGCCUUGACCUUUGUACUGCUGUACUCCUUCCUGCCUCACAAGGAGCUACGUUUCAUCAUCUAUGUGUUCCCUGUGCUCAACGUGGCGAUCGCAUGUGCCCUGUCUCGACUAUGGCAGAACCAAUCGAAGUCCAUUCAACGGUCACUGCUGGCCCUUGGCACCUCUUGUUUGUUGCUAGGCAACCUUUGUUCCACAGCAGGUUUUCUGUACAUCUCCCGCCAGAACUACCCAGGGGGCCUAGCGAUGCUGGUUCUGCACCACCUGGAGGUGGAACGUGAUGUGAACGUCCACAUAGGUGUCUACCCUGCACAGACCGGAGUGACCAGGUUCACUCAGACCCAUGACCACUGGAGGUACAACAAGACGGAGGGCCUGCAACCAGGUGGCGUAGCGAUGAGGAGCUUCACCCAUCUCCUGUUGGGUCUGUCAGACUCCAUGGAAGAACUCAAGCCUUACGAAAACUCUCAUUAUAAUAUCAUGGAAGUUCCAGCCUUCCAAAAACUUGGUUUUAAAUGGAAUGAGUUUCCACCAUUAGAGAUUAUUACCAAACCAAGAAUUGCAAUACUAAAACGAAAAACUUGAUGUAUGAAUGAAUAAACAUAGACAUGGUGGAACGUGUUGUCAUGGAUGUUCCUGCACAGCUGACCAAGGCACAGAUGGGCAAGCAUAUCUCCGCAAAAUGUCACCCUCACACUGGGAUGUUGACUUCCACAUAAAUGUUACGCUCUAUUUGACCUGUAGGAAAAUAUGCAUGUAAGCAAGCAAACAAGUGAAGAAUGUGGUUAAAUGAAAUCACUUCAGGUGGUGCUGAACUUUGCAGAGGUUUGCAAUCAUCAGUUUAUUUCAGUUCUCAUCUCACAAUGACUGAGAUGUACAUGAGUGUAUAUCACAUAACUUGAAUGUAUCACAUUUGGGCACAUCUGGAUCAUAUCUGAAUCAUGUCUUGAUCACAUUUGAAUCACAUCUUGAUGAUGUAUAGAUCAUAUCAGAAUCACAUUUGGAUCACAAUUAAUCACUUCACUGACCCAAAGCCCUCUGUUCCACACAGGAACAGGAUGGUAUGUCUUGUGUUUGGUAUGAUGUUUAACCCCCACCUGUCUAUAAUGGGACACUUUUUCGUAGGAGUAGCAAAAACAUAUUAAAUCUUAAGCAAGUUUAUAAUAAGUAUUGUUUUAGGUUAAGGACUCAAGACAUUAUGUUUUUGAAAUAUAACAGUAUUGUUGCAGUUACCCUCGAAACUGUUCCUGCUUUGUCUGAAGUGAUUUCAUUUGCCCUUUAUUCACUCCUGUGAAAAUUGCACAACGCAUGUGAACAUUAGUCUAAUUCCAGCUGCCUUAAUUCUUCUAUUAAUAGGUCAGUCCUGUUUAGACUGACUGAGUUUGGUUUUAUGCCGCUUUUAGCAAUAUUCCAGCAACAUCACAGGUCGGGCAGUCCUGUUUAGAGCCAGUGUAUGUCACAGUAUACCAAACACCAGGUCAGUCUGGAUCUCUUAAGGGAAUCAGCAUGAUUAUGAUGCAAACCUCCUUCCUCAUACACUGUCACCAGAUUUGUUUGUAGUAUAGCUCAGUAGUGGUGAGGAAAGCAGUAAUGUCCACAUUCCAUAGAUGCUGGCAGUUGUAGAUCCUUCUAUGAAUUGCACUUAGUAUAUUUGUCAUGUUGUUCAUUUUGUAGAUCACAGUAAAAGAUACCUGCUACUUAGAACUGACCUGUGGCUGUACUUACGUUGCUUCAAAGAUUCCAUUUUUCUUCAUUCACAUCUCAUUCUGAUAAAUAGCAUAAGUUUGGAUUCAGAUUUACAUCAUUUGGCUACUUGGAUGCCUUUAUAAUACUUUAUUUUCUUUGUCCCUAAUUCUUAUGAUUACAAGACUGUGUCAUGUACAUACAAUCAGUGCCAGUGCAAAUAAACUUGACAACAGAUUA